GAAAGCAAUGGACAUAGCAAGAAGCCAAGGCCAUGGGAUUGGGCAAUGGCGAGUGGAAGGAAAGAUCGAUUCAUGGCGAUUUUUCCUUCUCUUAAUGGAUCCGGAUCUCGUGGGCUCUUACUUGUGCUCGACGGUUUCCUCUUUUUUCUCACCCUCGUUCCGCAUGACAACCCCAUCGCCUUCCGGCGCACCUUUUUCGAAACCCUAGCCACAAUUCCACACGUUCGAAGGCGGAAAGAGAAGGGAGAGAGGUUGUCACCGUGGCAGCGAUGGAGUCUUACGAGGAUCGAUCCAGGUUGGAUCCUAAGACGAGGAGUCCCACCGUUCGGUGGGUCAAGGAGUGGGUUCCGCAGGAUGUGGUUGCUACCGGCGGGAAGUGCUACUUACUCAAAUGGGUUACAGAGGACAAGUGGAACGCUUUAAGGGAGAAGACCAAGGAGCUUGAGCUACAAGAGCGAAAGCCUAAGCCAGCUACUGAGAUGUUUUUCCUCUGCACAUAUGAUGGCUGUGGAAAAACUUUCACCGAUGCUGGGGCUUUAAGGAAACAUACUCAUAUCCAUGGGGAGAGACAAUAUGUUUGCCCUGUUGAAGGGUGUGGAAAGAAAUUCUUGGACAGCUCCAAGUUGAAGAGGCAUAACCUUAUCCAUACUGGAGAGAAGAGUCAUUAUUGUCCAUAUGAAGGUUGUGGUAAGGCCUUUUCUUUGGACUUCAACUUGAGGGCACAUAUGAAAACACAUUCAGUAGAAAACUAUCAUGUUUGUCCUUACCCUGAAUGUGGCAAAAGAUACACUCAUGAAUGCAAACUGAACACUCAUAUAAAGACGCAGCAUGAGAAGGAUGCAAUGGUGGACAUGAGGCCCCAAGAAAAGCCCAGCAAUGCUGCAAAGGCUCCUGUCUUGAAUUCUGCCUCAUCAGACCGUCCUUAUGUCUGCCCAUUUGCUGGCUGUGAAAAAGCUUAUAUUCAUGAAUAUAAGCUGAAUCUCCAUUUGAGAAAGGAACACCCUGGUCAUAAUCCCGAGGAAGGUUACAAGACUGCUCCGAUGACCGCCGGUGAGCAUUGGUAUGGUGAACUAAACGACCAAGAUGCUUUGCUUAACAAUAAGUACUCCAAGAGGGGCAAGGCUAGUCUGUCCAGGAAACUUCCACCAGCUAAAGUUGCAAAACAAAGAGUAUCAAGUCCAAAUCCAGUUGUUUCUAAUGAUGCACAGAAACGGAGGCAAAACAAAGAGCUAGAUGAGGACAGUGAGGAAACAGAAGAAGAUCAAGAAGAAGAAGACGAAGAAGAAGAGAAUGGCUGGAGAUACCUUGAAGCAAACAGGGAUGAUGAAGAGACUGAGGAUGAAGAUUGAAGAAUUUGCCAUAGAUUGAUUGGUUGAUACCAGUGAUGGAGAAGAGAUUAUAGCAGGAAGUUCUAUAGAUAUUUUUAUUCAUUCUUAAUAGAUCUCAUGUUUCUUGUGUGUAAUGAUUUAACUGUCAUAGCCUUUUUUUUUUUUUAAUUAGAGAGCCUUUCUGCAACUAUUGUGCUAUCUUUUAAGGGAUUUAAGUAACCCUUUUUUUGAAGGAUAGCUUCUGAACCGUAGGAUGAAGGGCAGAAGCAAAUGUUUAGUAAUGCCACUAAGUUGUGAUAAUCUGAAUUAUGUAUUACUAGAACUUUAUAACAUGUUUCAACAGGCUUCCAUUCUUAGAAUUA